GUCUUAUUACAGCUGCCCGAAGCCAAAUAAUCGGACGCGCAUACCAAGCGGCUGCUCGCCGCGACAGCAUCGCCCGCCAUGGAUCUUGUCCUCGAAGCUUUUGACACCUUCCUGUUCGAUCCCCUCUAUGCGACUUUUUUGCCCGCAAAGACCCCUGGUCUUGCCCCCAAUGGCACAUAUCCGAGCUUGAAGGAAGUGCCCACCACCGCUGCGUACGCGGCGCAACACACGUGGACAUAUGAGCCGGCAAGCCAGUACCUGAGCUUUACGCCCGGCAAGGAUGCCUACAUGAGCCAAUGGCCUCGCGACGACUGGCGCCGACAGCUGCUGACUUUGUUCCUCAUCACCUGGGUCUUCGGCCUCGUCAUCUACUAUGUCUUCGCUACCCUUUCGUACGUCUUCGUCUUUGACAAGGCAACCUUCAAUCACCCCAAAUACCUCAAGAACCAGAUCAGCCUCGAGAUGCGCCAGACCAACAUCGCCCUCCCCGUAAUGGCUGUCUUUACCGCCCCGCUCUUCCUCCUCGAAGUCCGCGGACACUCGAAGAUCUACGACAGCUUCCAUGAGGCGCCGGGCAUGUGGUACAACUACAUGCAAUUCCCCUUCUUCUUCAUGUUCACCGAUUUCUGCAUAUAUUGGAUCCACCGAGGCCUGCACCACCCGCUCGUCUACAAGCGCCUCCACAAGCCUCAUCACAAGUGGAUCAUGCCGACGCCUUACGCCUCGCACGCGUUCCACCCGCUUGACGGCUACGCGCAGGGCCUCCCGUACCACAUCUACCCCUUCUUGUUCCCGCUCCAGAAGUUCGCCUACGUCUUCCUCUUCGUCUUCAUCAAUAUCUGGACCGUCCUCAUCCACGACGGCGAGUACGUCGCUGAAAACCCCAUCAUCAACGGCGCCGCGUGCCACACCAUGCACCAUCUUUACUUCAACUUCAACUACGGCCAGUUCACCACGCUGUGGGACCGCCUCGGGGGCAGCUACAGAAAACCAGCCGACGAGCUCUUCCAGAAGGAACUCAAGAUGUGCCAGUCCACAUGGAAAAAGCAGAAUCAGGACGUCGACAAGAUGAUCACCGAAGUCGAAGGCUCCGAUGACAGGAAGUAUGAGCCCGAGGAGCCCAAAAAGGUUCGCUAGGUUGGGCUAUUGCGACACAUGUUUUACACGCCGUUACGAAGAAGGCCUAGCGCGGGCUGGUAACGGCAUAUUGGGUUAGAUGCGCUGCGCAUACCAUUUUCCGCGGUCGAGGUUCUGGGAGUUCGCAAUUGUAAAAGCAUGAUGUGUUUGGGAAGUUGGCGUACUGUGUGAAUCGCAUGUAUGGUUUAAUAGUAAUGCCAAGGGAAUCGACCUGAUGUCGGCUUCUGGAGGUUCGUUGUGUAUAUAUUACAAUUUGAAGACUGAG